CAGUUCUGCUGACCAAACACGUGGUCACUCUCGCUUUUAGUCUUUCACUGGGUGAAGUGUAACGCAGUUCUCACAAGGGAGAAGAAGAGCAUCUCGUUUCUAAAGCUCAGGGACUAGUUUAACAUUGUUUUAAAAUGCAGAAGGGCUCGUUUUCUCUCACCACAUCUUUUCGGAUUUUCUAUGUGCGACUCCUCGGAUUUUGUUUCCUGUACUUCUCACAAGUUGCAGGUACAAAAGCUGAAUGUCCUGUUCAGCUCAACCAGAAGAGUGUUGUCGUGAGAUACGGAGGCUCUGUAGCAGUUAACUGUAGCGCUUCAGUUCCACAUAAAGGGAUGGGAUGGGAAGCCAGUGAGGGAGCAGUGACCAUGACCAGAGACAGUCUGAUCACAUGGAGAGUUUCAAAUCUGAUAGAAUGGGACAUACAGCCAUACUGCUACAUAAACCAUGAGGAACAGUGUCAAGUAGAGCUCCCAGUCACUAUUUACAAGACUCCAGACAGUGUGUCCAUCAGCAUUGUGAAUCACAGAGGACCAAUGAUAGAGGGAAAGCAGUAUGAGCUCCAGUGUGAUGUUCACGAUGUGGCUCCUGUUCAGAAUCUCACUGUCAAAUGGUACAAAGGACAGACUCUGCUGAAUCAAACCACCUUCACUGAAGAUAGCAAGACUCCAGUGAAUGAAACCACCACACUCCUGAUCCGUCCAGACAGAGCUGAUGAUGGAGCUCAAUACAGGUGUGAAGCAGAGCUGGAACUGGGAGCAGAAGGACCUCAACCUCCUCCAAAAGAAACAUCAGACCUUCUCAAUAUCACUGUAUAUUUUAAACCGAUCAUCAAUGAGACCAAACUGCCCUCCAUAGUGCCUGUGUUUCGAGGGUAUCCAGAGGUGCUUGUUUGUGAAGCCGAGGGAAACCCAAAACCAACAAUCGGCUGGAGCCUCGGCGCAAAUGUUAUAGUAUACAAUGAAACUCUUACUAUAUCAGAGUCAACACCUGAGUAUGUAUACUGCGUUGCAAACAAUUCUGUUGGCAGGACCAUCAGACAAGUAAACGUGUCCAUACAAGAUAUUUCCAUCAGCACUGUGAAUCACAGAGAACCAAUGAUAGCGGGCGAGUGGUAUGAGCUCCAGUGCUUAAUCCGGAAUGUGGCUCCUUUUAAGAUUGUUGAUGUGAGAUGGUACAAACUGAAUCAAAUCAACGUCACUGACACCAUCAAGACUCCAGCCAAUUUAACAUAUAAAGUCCCGAUCUGCCCAGACAGAGCUGAUGAUGGAGCUCAAUUCUGGUGUGAAGCAGAGCUAGAAGCAGAAAGACCUCAACGUUCAACAGUGUCAUCAGAACAUCUCAGCAUUACUGUACAUUUUAAACCGAUCAUCAAUAAGACCAAACUGCCCUCCAUAGUGCCUGUGUUUCGAGGGUAUCCAGAGGUGCUUGUUUGUGAAGCCGAGGGAAACCCAAAACCUACAAUCGGCUGGAGCCUCGGCUCAAAUGUUAUAGUAUAUAAUGAAACUCUUACUAUAUCAGAGUCAACACCUGAGUAUGUGUACUGCGUUGCAAACAAUUCUGCUGGCAGGACCAUCAGACAAAUAAAAGUUGUUUUAAAAGAGGAUUACCUGCCCUUAAUAGCAGGACUUAUUGCAGUCACUGUGGCGUUCAUCUCAGUCAUCUUCAUCUUUAUCUACUGUAUCUACUACAAAACAGCCAAGAUGGGACGUUAUAGCCUGAAGGAUGCCAAGCCUAGUGUGCAAAAUGGAAACAUAGCACAGAAUGGCAAACACAGCCCUAUUCCUAUGAAGAAACUCUCUCAGAGCAAUAUCCUUGCUUAGGUUAUGAAUCCCUGGGUUCGCCGCAUCUGCCGAGUCACAGUGUCCACAAUUAACAAGGGAUUUUGACACUGGAAGUCUUUAGGCCUCUACUUUGGGGCUAGUUUCUUCAUGGCUUCUUUAUUUUUAUUUUAUGGAGCACCUGUUCAUUCAUUCAAUUCUAGAGCCAGUUUAACUGUUAACUACAUCACAAAAUGAACUUUUUCGUUUCCAGCAGUCUGCCAUUUAAUGGACCAGAGGAAAAUACCUAACAGAACAGAUGACAAAGAAAUGCUGAAUGAAUUUCAAAUUAAAGGACCUGAUGUCUGCAGUGGACGUUUUCAGGAAUCUAGGAUCUUGAUAUAAGUGAAUGUUCAUCAACUACAAGUGACAUUACUUGAGUAAUAUUUGCUAUGUACACCUAUUUAAGGGAAGGCUUUUGUUAAAUUGUUUAACAAGACUAUUCUUUUGUAUAUGUCUCUGGCACAUUGAUCAGUUUGAAUAUUUAUGUUUUGUCAAGUGCUAUACAGUAUAUAUUAAGAAAUGAUGUUUUAUUAACAAAGUUCGGGAGGAGCACGUUCA